AUGGUUGUAGAUCCUGCGCCAUUAAUUCAACUAAGCGAUCCAAGAGCUGAUGAACCCGACGCGAUUCCUCAAGAAAAGCAUGAUUUGAGCUUAUUCAGGGCGUAUCAGAAUGCCAGUGAAAUCACGUACUCGCCUGAGAAUGCUCUCAAGGACGGGUUAGGAAUGGUUCAAACCAUGAAGAAAGCUUUAAAACAUCUGGAAUUCGGAAGUAAACUAAGAGAAGAGGUAUGGAAACGGGAGAUAAUGAACCUUGAAGGCCAAGGCACCCCGAAGACUUUGAUUGCUGUCUGUGGUGCCACUGGUGCGGGAAAGUCUUCCAUUUUAAAUGCUAUCUUAGACGACAACAUUGUUCCAACCAGUGGCAUGAGGGCUUGCACUGCCGUUGUCACUGAAUUGGCGUACCACGAAAAAUCGACGAUUGAUGCCGAUAUUUCUUUCCUGUCGGAAGUUGAGUGGAGAGACGAAUUAAAAGUUCUUCUCCAUGACUUAGUGGACGAAGACGGGAAUAUAAAACGAAGUACGGAUCUCAAGAGUGAUGCCGGCAUUGCCUGGCAAAAAGUCCAUGCAGUAUACCCCAAUGUAGACCAGGACGACCUUGUCAAAAUGUCUGUAGAUCAGAUCCUAGGCUAUGACCAACAAAUAUCUCGAAUUCUCGGGACAACCAAGACUAUAAGUGCAAAGGACUCCAAAUCUUUUGCGAAAGAGAUUGGCAAGUAUAUUGACUCGAAAGAUCAAAAACGUGGUUCGAAGGACAAAUCCGAAAAGAAAAAGGAGCCUAGUCUUAUGGACCAAGUGCGCAAGAGCGCUGGAAUGGGCAGAGAGAAAACAAAAUCCGGCGCACCGGACGCAGAUUCUGCUGCUCUGUGGCCACUCAUUCGUCAAGUUAACGUUCGGUGUCGUGCUGAAGCCUUGUCUACGGGGGCCGUGCUUGUUGAUCUACCUGGUGUUGCCGAUGCCAAUGCGGCUAGAAAUAAUAUCGCAAAGGACUACAUGAAAAAAUGCAACUGCAUAUGGAUUUUGGCACCCAUCACCAGGGCCGUAGAUGAUAAAACAGCUAGGGAUCUUCUCGGCGACGCAUUCAAAAUUCAAUUGAUGAUGGGUGAGCUUAUACGCUUUCAUGCUUCAUGGUUUAGCUCCUCUUACGUCUACGAUGACCAUGCCAUAACGUUCAUAGCUAGCAAGUGUGAUGACAUCUCUUGUUCCGAAGUUAUCAAAGCUCUUCGUCUUGAAAGCGAUCCAGUUCUCGAGGAUAUUGAAGAACGUUUGGAGCUCAUCAUGCAGAAUACAUCAGCGUGCAAACGGAAAAAACGCGAAGCAGAACAUCUGGUAAAAGAACUCAAAGAUUCUUUGCAGUAUAUUCGGGAUCAAAUAAAUGAUGACCAAAAACACCUUGAUGCCAUGAAGGCAGGAGAACCAUUUAUAUCGACUCUCAAACGCUCAACUAAAAAUUCCAAUGGCAAAAAAAGAAAAAAUAGCUCGGGCGGUAGAAAAGGGUCCAGUAAAAGAAGACGCAGCACUCUUGACAAUGAUGACGAAGAUGAUGAAAUUAAUUCCGAGUCAGAGAUUAGUGAAAGCGAAAGCGAAAGCGAAAGCGACAGUUCCGAUGAUUCAGAUAUGGAUGAAGAUCAUAGCUCUGAUUCCGGUUAUCCAGGCUCCAACCAAGAUGAGGAGGAUGUGAUAGAGGAAGUCACCACUGAGGUCCUGGAACAAAAAAUUAUGCAAUCUAAAGCUUCAAUCAGGGCAACUCGUGAAGCUCUCAAUGACGCCAGGAAUAGAAAGAAGGAUGCCAUCGACGAGCUUUCCUCACUUGAGAAAAGUCGCGCCAAAGUUCAAAGGGAAAAGAAUGCGUUUUGCUCGCUGAAACGCUCUGAGUUUUCCCGUGACGUCUUAAAAGAAGACUUUCGAAUAGGAUUGAAGGAUUUGGAUGAUGCUGCAGCUGAAGAAAAAGACCCAUUAAAUUUUAAUCCUAACGUGGACGCUCGCGAUUACAGCGCAAUCGAUCUCCCGGUGUUUACAUGUUCAAGUCGAGAUUAUGUCCGUCUAAAAGGCCAAGUUAAAGGAGAUGGAAAACCAAUUUGCUUUUCUAAUGUUAAAGAUACAGGCAUUCCUGACCUGCAGCAAUGGUGUCACCAGUUAACCAUUGCAUCUCGCGAGCGUUCAGCGAGAUCGUUUAUGGCACACAUCCAAACUUUUGCACAGUCGGUACAAUCUUAUGUGCAAGGCAUUGGUGAUAUCACCGCUAUUGACCGGGAAUCAUUGCGUGCAAAAUGGGAAUCUAGAAAAUUUGAUGAAGAUUUAGCCCAACGAUCACAUACAGCUGUAAAUAAUCCUUUGCAGUCUAUCUUGGGUGGUUUGGGUGCCGGACUAGGUGCAGGCCUAUAUCCACCUGGCCAACCUGUGGUUCAAAUAAAGGGUCAUAAUGAGUCUGGUAUCAGUCGCAGGCUUUGUAUUGAGUUUGCUAAACUAGUCGAUGGUUGUGUCCAUGACCUGCAAACGAAUUUCAAAGAUGGACUAGAAGAUAAAUGUCGAAUUGGAGCGGCGAAUGCCGCAGAUGCUGCACUCAAUACCGUUGACGAGUUUACUUCUAGUAUGCAUUGGGCCACCUAUCGAGCGACCUUGCGGCGACAUGGAUCAUGGCGUCGUGAUCUCAACGCUGAGUUGAUCCAACCUUUCACUCGAAACAUCGCUCAUUCAUGGAGCCAAGUUUUCGAGUCAGAUUUGUUUGGGCCUUUCCAGGCAUCUACUCUUGCUGCAAUCAGGGCUCUCGUCAAGGAAGUCGAAGAGACUGCUGCAACAGGUCUCAAGGAGCGCGCUAGACUUCAAGGCAACGCAUGUGUAGAAGAAGCCCGCAUAGCAUUGGCAAAUACCGUAGAGCUUGUUAAAGUGGCCAUGACCUCCGAGCAAAAGGAGAUCUCGAGGUGCAUGGCCCCACAUGUUCAAGCUCAACUUGUAGAAGGCUACGAUACAGCAAUGUUAGAAAGAGGAACAGGCAGCGUAGCUCGUCAGAAGGCUUACUUCCGGGGUUAUUUGAACAAUUGUAAAGACGAUAUCUUCGACGAUGGAGCCAAUGUUGUUAUGGAACGGUUGACCAAAGCCGCCGAUACCCUUGGCGAGACAUUGGACGAAGCCAUGGGCAAAUUAGCUGAAAAGAUCGAAGUUAACCUAGCAGUUCUUUGGGAAGGCGCACGGGAUAACCCAGAACAGUUGCGCGCACGUCAAGCUAUGCUUGAAAUUGUACAAAUUAUCAAGGAACAGGUGAAAAUCUGGAUUGAAGCAGAUAAGAUCAAGCAACAAACCUCGAAAAUUCAAGAUGCUAUGGAAGAAGACUAA